AUGACAUCAGAUAGUUUACUCACUGUUGGCUUGGCACAAAUUGCACCUAUUUGGUUUGAUCGUGAAAAAACAUUGAAGAAAGUAGAAAAAUAUAUUUCGGAUGCAGCCGAUCGAGGUUGCUCAUUAGUUGCGUUCGGUGAAGCUAUUGUACCUGGUUAUCCAUUUUGGCUGGAACUAACGGAUGCUGCUGUCUUUAAUUCUUCAAUACAGAAAGAAAUUCAUGCAGAAUAUAUGCAUCAAGCCGUGUCGAUCGAAAGAGGUGAUCUCAGUGAGAUUUGUUCAUUAGCUAAAACUCGACAGAUUGCAGUUUAUUUGGGUUGCAUUGAACGUCCUCUUGAUCGUGGAGGUCAUAGUUUAUAUUGUUCAAUGGUCUUUAUUGAUCGAAAUGGUAAUAUUGGUUCUGUGCAUCGAAAAUUAAUGCCUACCUAUGAUGAACGACUAGCAUGGUCUAUUGGCGACGGCAAUGGAUUACGUGUUCAUUCUUUAGGUGCAUUUACCUGUGGUGGUUUGAAUUGUUGGGAGAACUGGAUGCCACUUGCACGAUCUGCUCUCUAUGCUCAAGGUGAAGAUUUGCAUGUUUGUAUUUUCCCAGGUAGUCAUCACAAUACGUACGAUAUUACGCCGUUUAUUGCCAAAGAAUCUCGUUCGUUUGUCAUUACUGUUUCGGGUUUAAUGCGAAAAGAAGAUUUUCCUAUUGGAUUAUUACAUCGAGAGCGAAUCGUGGAACAUGCACCAGACCUACUUACUGAUGGUGGUUCGUGUGUUGCAAAUCCCGAUGGUACAUGGCUAAUUGAACCGACAACUAUUGGUGAAGAAGCUCUACUUGUUACUACAUUAGAUCACCGGCGUGUACGUGAAGAACGACAAAACUUUGACCCAUCCGGACAUUAUUCACGUCCAGACAUUUUAAAAUUGACUGUUAAUCGAGAACGACAAUCUGUUGUCACAUUCAAAGAAUGA